CCAAUUGCCAAACUCUCAAAAUGUACGCCGAACAAGGCGCCAAACUAGCAGUCGACGCCAAACGCACAGAAAACCUACCACAUCUCCCACCUUACAACACAACCGCAGUGCGAGCCGUAACAAAAGAAGUCCGCGACCUCGAUCGCGAAAUUGGCGCGCUCCUCGCCCCAUACGCGAUCCCGGACUCCCAAGACACCUCAAACAAUGGCUCUCAAUCCCAAGGCCUCAAAUCCUCUUUCAACCCCGCAGACGACCCCGGCCUCGCCUGCGCUCUACUCGUAAACCAACUCAGCAUGCGAAGAAAUAAACGCUGUCUCCUCGCAUACCACAAAACCCGCACGGACAAACUCGAGCAAUUCUGCUGGGAAGGUGUAGAUGUCACGGAAUUGGUUAAUGCGUCAAAUGCAAAUUCGAAUGCGAAUGGCGGGACGAAUUCCAACAAUGCCAACGGCAAUGGCAAUAACUCCGGAGGCGCGACUUCUUCUGCAAACGCCACAUCGAGUCUUUCUGCCGAAGAAGAGCAAUACGCUCACGCGUACUCUACUCUGCUCUCCGCGUACAAAGGCCAAUGGUCCGAUAUCGAUCUCACGGGAAGUCUGGACCCUCCCCGGGAUAUUUUCAUUGACGUUCGAGUCCUCAAAGACGCGGGAGAGAUUCAGACCGAGUACGGCAGUAUCAAUUUGACCAAGAACAGUCAAUUCUAUGUUCGGGCGGGAGAUGUAGAAGGGUUGGUGAGGCAGGGCUAUUUGCAGAAAUUGGGGUGAUGCGGGGAAUGAAAAGUUGGAAUGCACGCAAGAAGAUCGAAGAUCGAUGCGUGUGCU